AUGAACAUAUUAAGAAAUUAUGUUAAGAAGAAAUAUAUAAGAACUAAAUAUAGACUAUGUGUUAUUGAUAGAAGAUAUAAAUUAUUUUCUUCUGGUAUUCCUUUAGUUUUGUUAUUGUCUUUAACAAUAAGUAUAGGGACCUUUUUAAUAGAUUUUCAAUAUAUGAUUAGAAAUAAAAGAGAACAAAACAUAAAUAUAAGAGAAAAUAAAUUAGCUGAGGAAAAAAAUAAAUUAUUAAAAAUAUUGAGUGAUUAUGAUUGUAACAAUUAUGAAAAUAUACCUAUUAAAAAAGAAUAG